CGCAGCCCUAUUUAAGCUCCAGCCACAGCCCCUCACAUGAUGGGAGUGUGACUGCCUGGGCUGUGGGCAGGAUGGCGCUGAGCAGAGCCUGGCUGUCCCGGCCCUGCGGGGCGGCUGGCGGCGGGGAGAGCACCCGGCUGCUGCCACAGGCGUCCAGGCUGGUGGAGCUGCCCUACUCCUCCUCCGAUGACGAUGACAGCUCGCUGGCUGGGGACACAGACCCUCCCGUGGCCGAGCAGAACCUCGGGGUGUGGUACCCUGACCCCCCCAAGCUGAGCACCUUCAGCCAGUGCGUGCGGUACCUGGCCUUCCUCUGGAACCUCCUCUUCCUCCUGCUGGGUCUGCUGGCCCUGGCUGUGGGGGUGUGGGGGCUGCUGGCCAAGGGCUCACUGGGGGGGGAGAGCCUGGCCCCCCUGGGCUCCGACCCCAUGCUGCUCUUCGUGCUGGGGGGGCUGGGGGCCAGCACCGUCUCCCUGGCUGGCUGCCUGGGCGCCCUCCGCUCCAGCCCCUGCCUGCUGCGCUUCUUCGUGGGGGCCGUGCUCGCUUUUGUGGGGCUGGAGGUGCUGGGGGGGCUGCUGGUGCUGCUGGCGCGGCGGCGGCUGCGGGACGCGCUGCGGGACGCGCUGCUCCUCUGCCUCCUGCGCUACCAGGACGAGCCCGACCUGCGGUUCCUGGUGGACGAGGUGCAGCGGAGCCUGCAGUGUUGCGGCCUCGGCUCCUACCGCGACUGGGAGACCAACCCGUAUUUCAACUGCAGCGCCCCGGGCGUGCAGGCGUGCAGCGUCCCCGCGUCCUGCUGCCGCGACCCCUGGCAGAACGGCACUGUCCCCAACGCCCAGUGCGCCGUGGGGACCCUGCGCCUGGGGGACGCGGCUGCCGGCACCGUGGUGUACCUGGGGGGCUGCGUGGCCCAGCUUGGUGCCUGGCUGCGCGGCCAGGCGGGCGGCAUCGUGGCUGGCGCGGCCGUGCUGGUGCUGGUGGAGGCCGCUGGUGUGCUCAUGGCACUGAAGAUGCUCAGGGACAUUGUCCCCGUUGGGGCACAGGACUGAGGGGGGUCUGGCUGCCACUCGGGCCGGGGAUGUGUGAGGGGCUGAUCCAGCCUAAAAUAAACCCUGUCACUAGGCUGAA